AUGGCUGAAUCGGAAGGGGCCCCCAAAAUCUUGGUUUCUCAUAACAACGCCCACACCUACGUCAAGGCCGUUCUACAAGCCAACAAUGUAUCUGCACAGGACGCUGCGACGAUCGCUUCAUGUCUUGUCGCCGCCGAUCUUCGAGGCGUUGAUACUCACGGUGUAAAUCGUAUCCCUUCCUACCUCGCCCGCAUCCGCCAAGGCGUCCUGGAUCCUACCGCUCAACCCACCAUCGAGAACAAAACUCCUGUGGUCGCUCAAGUCGACGGAAAAAAUGCUUUUGGAUUUGUUGCUGCGAGAUUGGGCAUGCAAAGAGCAAUUGAAAUGGCGGAAGUGUACGGCAUCGGAAUGGUCAGUGUGAAGCAUAGUAAUCAUUUCGGCAUGAGUGCUUGGUUGGUCCAGCAAGCCCUCGAUGCUGGAAUGAUGAGUCUGGUCUUCACGAAUUCGUCACCUGCUUUGCCUGUUUGGGGUGGAAAGGAAAAACUGAUGGGCGUUUCUCCGAUUGCUUGCGGAGCCCCUAGCUCUGAGCACGAUUUUAUCCUAGACAUGGCGCCUUCGGUGGCUGCUAGAGGGAAGAUCUAUAAAGCUAAGAGGAGAGGAGAGAAGAUCCCAAGAGAUUGGGCGUUAGACAAGGACGGAAACAGAACCGACGAUCCGGCUGCUGCACUCGAGGGUGUCAUGCUGCCCAUGGGUGGGCCGAAAGGAUCGGCUCUGUCCAUCAUGAUGGACGUGUUCUCGGGAGUUCUGUCUGGGUCAGCAUUUGCCGGGCAUGUCACUAAUCCUUAUGAUCCUUCGAAGCCUGCGGACGUAGGACACUUCCUUAUCGCUCUGAAGCCUGACCUAUUCCUCAGCUCUGACGACUUCAAGCAGAGAAUGGAGUAUCUGUACAAUCGGGUGGUCGGUUCGGAGAAGAUGGCAGGUGUAGACAGAAUCUACUUCCCUGGCGAGAUCGAGCAACUCAUGGAGGCAGAAAGAAGAGAGUCUGGCAUACCAUAUGUAGAAGCGGAGAUUGAGGCCUUGAACGAGGAGGCGAGGAGAGUCGGCGCGCCAGAGUUGGUCACUGCGUGA